AUGGCGGAAGAGCAGAUGCCAUCAAAUGUCGCCAACUUUGUCAAAACGAUUCACCAAGACUCCUAUCGCGCUAUCGACUCCGCGACGAAGUCCAACCUGACAGGCAGAAAUGUCUUCAUCACCGGAGCUUCCAAAGGCAUCGGCCGCGCCAUAGCCAUCGCAUACGCAAAAGCAGGCGCUGCAGCAAUAGGUCUAGGAGCGCGCUCCGAGGUUUUGGACCUAGAGGAAGAGUUACGAGAAGCAGCAAAGAAAGCUGGGAAAAGUGAACCCAAGGUCUUGACCGUGAAGUUGGAUGUGGAGGAUCGGGCCAUGGUCGAAUCGGCCGCGAAAAAGGUGGAAGCAGACUUCACCAGACUAGAUAUAUUGGUCAAUAACGCGGGAUCCCUCGAACCAGCUGUGCGAAUUGCAGACAGCGACCCAGAUGAGUGGUGGAAGACAUGGACGGUGAACAUACGUGGAUCCUACCUCGUGACGCGCUCCUUCCUCCCCUUGAUGCUGAAAGGUGGCGACAAGCAAAUCGUCAACGUUUCAUCCGUCGGCGCGACUUUACUCCUCCCCGGCUUCAGCGCUUACACGACGGGCAAACUGGCCAUCCUCCGGUUCUCCGAGUGCAUCAACGCCGAAUAUGGCGACCAAGGCGUCAUGGCCUUCUCGGUGCACCCGGGCGCGGUGAAGACGGGUACGGCGAUGAGCAUGCCGGAAGAGAUGCACGGUAUGCUCACGGACACGCCUGAGAUGGCGGGUGACACGAUUGUCUGCUUGACGCAGAAGAGGCAGGAGUGGCUCCAGGGAAGGUAUGUGAGCUGCACGUGGGAUAUGCCGGAGUUGUUCGCGAUGAAGGACGAGAUUGUCGCGAAGGAUUUGCUCAAGAUCAGAAUGGCUGUCGGCUAA